GGAUCCCAAGAGGGAAAGUCAUAACAACCGCACGAGGGAGUUCGACUGGAGAGCUGGAAGGCCACGCCUCCUCCCGCCUACCCCCGCAGCCCUGUAGCUGGGGGCAGAGUUCAGACUGUCUUCUGAAGAUUGAUGUGUAUUUCCUUGAGCUCUUUAAUUUUGUUGCCAAUUUGGAUAAGUAUGGCACAAAUCCAGCAGGGAGGUCCAGAUGAAAAAGAAAAGUCCACAGCACUGAAAGAUUUAUUAUCUAGGAUAGAUUUGGAUGAACUCAUGAAAAAAGAUGAACCACCUCUUGAUUUUCCUGAUACUCUGGAAGGAUUUGAAUAUGCUUUUAAUGAAAAGGGGCAGUUAAGACACAUAAAAACUGGGGAGCCAUUUGUUUUUAACUACCGGGAAGACUUGCACAGAUGGAACCAGAAAAGAUACGAGGCUCUAGGAGAGAUCAUCACAAAGUAUGUAUAUGAACUCCUAGAAAAGGACUGCAGUUUAAAAAAAGUCUCUAUUCCAGUAGAUGCUACUGAGAGUGAACCAAAGAGUUUUAUCUUUAUGAGUGAGGAUGCUUUGACAAAUCCACAGAAACUGAUGGUUUUAAUUCAUGGUAGUGGUGUUGUCAGGGCAGGUCAGUGGGCUAGAAGGCUGAUUAUAAAUGAAGAUCUGGACAGUGGCACGCAGAUACCUUUUAUUAAGAGAGCUAUGGAUGAAGGAUAUGGAGUAAUAGUACUGAAUCCCAAUGAAAACUAUAUUGAAGUAGAAAAGCCUAAGAUACAUGUACAGUCGUCAUCUGAUAGUUCGGAUGAACCAGCAGAAAAACGGGAAAGAAAAGAUAAAGUCCCUAAAGAAACAAAGAAGCGACGUGAUUUCUAUGAGAAGUACCGUAACCCCCAGAGAGAAAAAGAAAUGAUGCAGUUGUAUAUCAGAGAAAAUGGCUCUCCUGAAGAACAUGCAGUCUACGUGUGGGACCAUUUCAUAGCCCAGUCUGCAGCUGAGAAUGUAUUUUUUGUUGCUCACAGUUAUGGAGGACUUGCUUUUGUUGAACUGAUGAUUCAGCGAGAAGCAGAUGUAAAAAGUAAGGUAACUGCUGUGGCGUUGACAGAUUCUGUUCACAAUGUGUGGCAUCAAGAAGCUGGCAAAACAAUUCGAGAAUGGAUGAGAGAGAACUGUUGUAAUUGGGUCUCCAGCUCAGAACCAUUAGACACGUCAGUGGAGUCCAUGCUGCCCGACUGUCCCCGAGUGUCAGCAGGCAGGAGAUGCCAACAUAGUCUCAAGUGUCCACCUGAUCCAAGAAGCUCACUCCUCACCAGCAUCCCUCUCCAACCCAUUUUCCAGUCCAAUCCAUGUCUGAAGAGUUGGCUUCGGGAAUGGUUCCUGUCCUGGGCCAACAGAAGUAAGAGCUCAAUGAUGUGUUUAUUGGCAUCAGUGAACAUGGCAGUGAUGGCGAAGACUCUGGAGUACCACAAUUUCCAGCCUCGCUUUAGAGCUGUUAACUUUCUUUGGCUUCCUCCUUUCUUCGUUUUCCACUGAAUGAAUGCCAGGAAGACUUUUUUCAAAUUUUUUUCUGUCUGAUCAAGAUUUAGAUAAUGUCUGCUGCUUUUGGUCGCUAAACAUCCCCCAAACUCACUUUCAUGCUUCAGUGAGAAGAUAUUAUGGUACUGCCAAUGAGAAGAUAUUAUGGUACUGCCAAUGGAAACCACUUCACAUUUGGGCCACAUCAUAAUGUCUAAGUGGCUCAGCUUCAAGUUUCAGUGUAGAUUCUGGUUCCUGCACAUUUGCUGUCAAAAACCACUUUAUAGGAGCCAAACUGUGGAAUCCUUCCAAGUGUUAGGCACUAUUAGAAGUACCAUUAAAGUACUGCAGAGUUUGAAAAGAUUAUGAAAUUCUGAUUUGUUUUAAACAUAAUAUAUUCUUUGAUAACUCCAUGAAAUUUUAAUCAUUCCCCUAUUUUAGUCACGGGACUAAAGGUAAUUGAAAUUCCUAUUAUUACUUAGCGUCGUGAGUUUUAAAGACAAGUUGAAGUUGGAACUUCUGUAAUAAUUUUAUACUCUUUUGCACAACACUGAAUAUAUAGAACUGUUCUGGUUUUCAAAUGUAACUGUGAAAUAAAACUGCAAGAAGACGUAAUUGUUUUGAUUUAUGCUGUAUAUUUUAGUCCCCUCCCAUGCCUUGUCCCUCUUUGCUUCCUUUGGUCAGCCUACAGAAAAUAACACAUGUAAGAUAUAAAAGUUAAAAUAAAAAAUUUUGUAACAUCAGAAACUGUUUAGACUUAAAGAUAAUCAGCAGUGAGCCUGGGAUAUGUUAAUUAUAUUGAUUUAGCAUAAAAUUUAUCUCUGAGCUUCCUUACGUCAAAGCAAAAAAAAAAAAAGAAAUAAUGGCUGACAGUAUCUUCCUCACUAAAAAGUAAAAGCAUGUAAACUCAUCUGAAAAGAUAUUUCUCCUGCACUGAAUACCAAAAGAAACCAUCAUAUAUUAAUUACUUGUAAGUAAAUAAUUAUUUGUGAAAUUAUUUGUUGACUGUUUCCCCCAUUAGCAUAUAAGUUCCUUGAAAACGGUGACCUUGUCUGUCUUAUUAACCACCAUAUCCCCAGCUCCUAGAACAACAAUAUUGGUUGAAAUGAAAUCACAUGGAUUCUUUUCCAAGAAACACUGGGUAGCAUAGCUGAUCAUAUCUUCCACUGAAGUAUUACAUAAAAUACAGAUAGCACUCUUUAUAUUGUUAAUUUUUUUAUAUCGAUGAUCAAUAAAAACCUAUCAUACAACAUUAAAUCAUGCCUCAGAGAUGAGACUUAUAUGGAAGAUAACACUGAUUUUUAUUACUAUAACUUGUUAAAGAGGGUAAAAUCUUGAAAAGGGAUAACUUAAAUGUGCUUUAAACUUAUCUCUUAAAUAUCAGUUGUCUCAACCACAUUUUUGGCAGGAGGUGAAUGUUAGAGAAUUCAAGGCCGAGUCCUCUGAUAGGAGUCUGAAGUGGCCAUAUUUUGUUUUAUUGACUAAGAGAGAUACCAGAGUUGGCAUUCCACUGGGGACAUUAAGAAGCCCAACUUGUAUUACAAUGCAGUGGAAAUCUAUUCGACCUUCACAGAGGAAGAAGCUAUGGAUAUCCUUGUAAUUAUCUUAUGUAUAUUAAUAACCAUUCAUUUACUAAAAAUCUAUCAAAAAACAAAUAAGACACAUUGUUUUGAAAAGAAAGUGCACAUUACGUAGCAAUUUUUAGCAGGUUUCUAUAUGAGUUUACUGUGCUCAGGGUGCAGUAUAGUAGAAAUGGCCUGUCCACUAAAUCAGAAGGGCUGAAAUGCAAUGUUAUUUUCAUUAUAGGCAGAAUUUAUGUAUCUGAAUAUGACUUUUCAUGUAACAUAUUAAAAUUUUAUUAUAAUGCCAUUUGUCAUACAGUAUAAUUUGGAAUAAGGCAGAUUUGUCUUGGAUCCCUUCCAAAAGACCUUAGUUCUGUUAUCUCUUCAAGGAUAAGUUUUCUUUAUAUGCCCACUGCCUAGUGUCUGGAAUGUGCAGGGUACUCAGGAAAUGUUUGGACUAAAAUGAUCUAAACUCCUUUUAAGAUUAUCACACAGCCCGUACUCUCCAGAAGUACAUUCUACUUAGACUACGAAGGUACAAAUUUUUAUUUAAUAUCUCUUAUUGAGGAGCAGUCAUCAUGUUGAUUUAUUGUAUUUUUUUGUUGAUUACUGACAAAGUAUAGGGCACAUCAUGAAAGAUCAAAUGUGACAUGUCUAGAAGAAAGUCAGGAAUACCUAAGAGAACUUACUAUCCAGUUUCCUUCGUAGAUAGAUAGGCACCUAAUACGUCAAUCUUGCCAGCAGUAACUGUAUCUCAGUUUUCCCAUGUCUUACACAGUCUUUCAGAGAUAGUAGCAGACUACCAGCAAAUUCAGAAGAUGUAAAUUGGUUGGGAGUUUGCUACUGCUUUCUGUGGCCAGAUAGAAGCCACAUUUUCUCUGGUAUUGGUACUCCAUUCCCCUUACCUCAGAACGACAAAUAUUUUGGAGUAUUAACUUACUCUUAUAUAGAUUUCUCAGUCUUCUCUUUGACAUGUAAAAGUCACACUUUUUACAUAUCUGAAAUUCACACUUACUAAGGCAUAAAGUAUGCAAGUAGUACAAAACUAACCUGGGGGGCUAGAGAUGUGGCAUAAUACAAUGAAAACGACAUGAUGGUUCCUUUCCUCAAGAAGCUUUAGUUAAACUUAUAGCCCUGGUAACUCCUUAUUGAAACACAGGAGUACCCUAAAAUUAAGUUUUUACCAUAUAAGUGAUUGUAUAAGGGCCUAAAGCUGUGCAUCACUGAAAAAUUUCAAAUCUGCCAUAUAGUGUUUUGGGUAGUAUUGGUCCAUCUUUGGGGAAACAAAAGAAAAAUGUGUAGAGUAUUACAUUUGUGUUUGUUUCUUUUUAAAUCAAGUUAAAUGUGUUAAAAAUCAAAAUAAUGAACACUAUCGUAUUUCUUUGUCUUGCUAUACUUUUCCAAAAUAAAUGUGAAUAGUACAUGAAUUCUUAAAAUUAUUUCAGUGGAAUGCCUUAGCCCUUUUUAGUGCCUUAUUAAUAUGGAAGCCAUGAAGUAGUAUUAAAUUCAGUUUUUAUCCCAAUACAGUUAAAACUAUGUUUCUUGUGUUGCCAGAAGCUCUUAAGAAUCAUAUUUUUUUAUGAUCAUUUUACUCAAAUAAUUAGGUUACUGAGAAUAAGGGCUUAACAGCAGACUAAAAGCAAAACGUGUACUAUCUUGUCAUUUUUAGUAUUAGGAAGUUAGUGCCUAUAUUUUUUGAAAAGCAUUUAAAGAAUUUUUUUAUUUCUUUUUUUUCUAUAACGGUAUUUCUUUUCUCUGGAAAACAUAACACUUGAAGCUUAGUGUUUAUCUCAAAAUGUAUUUCAUUUUUAAUUCAAUUCAACAUUUAUGGAGCUCCCCUAUUUCAGAAGAUUUUACAGUCAAUCAGUCAAUAUUUAUUGCAUGGCUACUAUGUGUCAGGCACCGUUCUAGGCACUGGAAUAGGCUAUACCAGUAGAUAAAGAAAAGUUCCUGCCCUGGAAAAGCUUACAUUUAGUCAAAGGGGAUAGACAAUAAACAUAUAAGCCAAUAAACAAGCCUGUAAGUAAGUAAACAGAUAGAAGAAGGAUUUCAGAUACUAGUAAGUGUUAUGACAAACAUUUAACAGGAUAAUGGUAGGAGAGUACCUGGGGCAGGAGGUGAGGGAGGUGGUGAUUCUCCUUUAGCAAAGGGUGUCCUGUUUAACCUCUCCCCUUUUUUCCAUGCUUGACAGCAGCUAACAACCACAACAGUCCUGCUACUGCUACUGCCCUUCACUUAAUUACUUAAAAACAGUGUGUUCUCGCUGUACAACAGAGCAAUAUAGUAUUCCUGACUGAGUUGUUUUCCCCAGUAGAUGCAAUGGAAAUACACUAAUCCAACCAAAUUUCUUCCCCUUAACCUAUGCAUGGCUAACUGGUUUUAAAAUGUGAAACUGAUAUUAGAAAAGAUUUGAGGUUUUGUGGCAGAGAAAAGGAGGUUUUGUGGGGAAAAAACCUAACCACGUAAGAUUAACUAGGCAAAAUCUCAUUUUGACAGUCUUAUCUAUCAUCUAAAGGGAUUUUUCAUUAAGCCAAAAAUAGACUAGCAAUAAUGAAACAAUGCUGAUUCUAGAUAGAACCUCUCUGAAUUUUGAAAUGUGGUAGCCUGUUCUUUCAAAGAAUGCAUAAGAAAUUGAUCACUUUUGAAUGUCAAAGAUACAUAUGAACUGAUAUUAUUGUUCCUGAGGAAAAUUUCUCACACCUAAGUCUUUUCUUUAUACAUAUAAAGCCUCCGGAAUUUCAAGGGAAAGAGUGCUUAAUUUAAAAACAUAAAGUAUGCGUGUGUGUAUGUGCAUGUGUGUGUGUGUAUACAUAUGCUAAAUUCAUAAAAAUGACAAUAAACUAUAAACUAAAGUAAUAAAAUAUUAGCUAACUCAUCAAAAUUCCAAGAGACAGAAUUAUUGUGAACUAUUUUAUUCAUGAUUAUGAUAUUUUUAAAUUAUUUUUUAACAUAUAUAUAUAUCCUCAUAGGCUAGACACUGGCUUUAAGAAUGUAACUACAUGCCCCUAGCUUCCGUUUACCCAUACCCAAACCCAUUGCCAUCGAGCUAAUUCCAACUCAUAAUGGGACAGAACAGAACUGCCCCAUAGGAUUUCCAAGGAGUGGCUGAUGGAUUCGAAAUGCCAGCCUUUUGGUUAGCAGCCAAACGCUUAAUCACUGCAUUUAAAGGCGCGUUCUAGUCCAAGCCAGGCACUGUGCUAGUGGAUUUACAUUAUUACUAAUCCUCAACUCUGUUGAAUAGGUGUACCCUAUUUUGUGGAUGAGGAAAUUGAGAUUCAAAUGUUGAGUAAAUUACCUGAGAUUACUGAGCUAAUAAGUGGCAGAGUUAAGGUAGAAACUUCUUUCUGUUAGUCCAUCUGAAAAAAAUAGAAAUGAGAAAGGAAUUAAGUGUUUUUAUUAGGUCCCGUAUCCAUCAGGAUUCUUAGUUGCAAACAAUAGGAACUCUUGUUGACUUAAGCAGAAAGGGAAUUUAUUGGAAGAAUAUCAGGUAGGUCAUAGAAUCACCAUGAAAGCUGAGCAGGGUAGGGAAACAGGCAGGAACCUAGGCAGAGCCAGACAGUGGGAUCAGUCUAGGCAGGACUCAGGGCCACCACGGGCUGGGCACAGCCACUGCUGUUUGUUGCUAUCACCUGCUGAGAUCUAUUCACAUCUCCCCUUUCUCUCCUUCCAAAUUGCACCUUGUCUUUCAUUUUCUGCUCAAGACUCAAAGUUCAGGGUGGUAUCAUCCAACUGACAGAGUUUAACACACUGACCCUAGAGCCAUAUGCAUUUAAGCUCAGACAUCGCCACUUGCCAAUUAUGUGACCUUUGACUGUUCACUUAACCUCCUUGGGCCUCAGUUUCCAUGUCUAUAAUUUAGAUAUAAUGGUUUCUGCCAAGGAUGAGAAGAAGGAGGAUCAUCGCAGUUUGGCUUCCCUGAUGGGGUGCAGCACCUUGCUUUCCACUAGUACUUACACGCUGUGAUAUACCCCAAUCCAUGGAAAGGGGGUUAGAUGCUGAACAGCGGGGAAAAAAUCGCAUGUGUCCAGUAUAGGCACUAGAUAAAGUUUAAAGGUGACACAGAAUUAAGGACUCAAGUAUACAGAAGAAUAGUCACUGAACAUCAUGAGGAAAGUGAAUGGACAUGAGGCAAUAUUAUAACUGUAAACCUGUCCUGUAAAUUGGUUUCAGCCGGUUUCCAGUAUGUGUGUGUAUGUAUGUGUGUGUGCGUGUGUGUGUGUGUGUGUGUAGUCAUUUAUGUGCAAAUUAUAAUAUUAACUAAAGAAAGAAGCUCUUAGAGAGAAUGUAUCUGGAGAGUAAAGAACAUAAAAAUCCCAUAUAUCUGAAACUGGCAAUUAAUGUUUCCAUUUGGUUGAUGCUUUUGCAUAUAUCAUUUCAUAGAAUCCUCAAGAAUAAUGAUCUUAAAUAGGUACCAGUAUUAUCUCCAUUUUAUACAUGAAGAAACUGAGGCUCACCAAGGUAAUUUGCACAGAAUCAAAAAGCUAGCAAAUAUUAGAACUAGACCUCCAACCCAGGGAUUCUGCCCACAAGGCUGGUGCACUUACCUCUACACUAUAGCUGCAAAUAGAUAUUUUCAAGAGGAACCAACUCAGAAAAGUAGUCAGAGAGGUGAUAGUAUUGUAAAUCUGAAGCUAUGGCUGACGUUCCAUGAGAAAGCAAUCUGCGACGUCUUCUACUGACAGAAUGCUGGGAGGGUAAGAGCAGAAAAAAUAGUUCUCAAAUUCAGUUCAAAAACCAAUCAAUUGAUCUUUAAAAGGGAAGUUUCUAAACUGCAAAGUGGUUAUGAUAAAAGCUUCACAGCAUGUCAUGGAAGGAUUUGAUAAAUAAGAAAUGUAGGAGCCUUAUGUCAAGAGUAUAUUUGAGUAAUUUUUUGAACAAGCACACAUUAACAGUUCAAUGGGUAGUGAGGCAAGUAGUAAAUGUGGGAAGACAUGAUCACGCUAAAAAGAAUGAGUACAACACGAUAGAAAUAUAAUGAUAGCAAAGAGAGGAAAAAUACUUUUUUUUUUAUGUGAUAUUCCCACAACUAAGCAUUCCAAAGUAGAAAAAACAUUUCUGUGACCUAUUGAGAAAGAAAGCAGGGACACAAAGAAGGGAAGAUAUUUCAAGCUGAAGAAAGAAAGAGUUAUAGAAACCGUAAUUUACCAUUACUGUGUGGUAUGUUAAUGACUGUGAAUGAAUAUAGAAAGGACUGAAGUUUAACUAUAGAUGGAGUUCAAAUUUCAGCUAUUUCACAAAGUACUUGCUUAUGGUCACCAUAAACUCUCUUCUGGGGGCCACUGGAUAACAAGAUGCAAUCAAGCUUUUGAAGAUCAUCAUAGAAAACUGCCCAGACUCAUCAGUUUUCCUUUGUCCUUUCUGUUUUCUGAUUUUCUCAAUACUACUAGAUGAUAAGCUUUUCAAGGUGUCUUAUUCAUUUUUGUCUCUUUACACUUAGCACAGUGCUCUGCAUAUAGGAACAACUCAGUGUUUAUUGAACCAUAAAACUAAUUCUGUAAAAUCUGCAAAACUCAGAACCUGUGUAAGGCAGAAACCUGUCAGAGAAGGAAGACUCAAAUAUUUUUCCACUAAUUGAGAGCAAUAGAAAAGUGGUAAGACUGCACUCAGUCAAAGGUGGAAAACUUUCAAGACCUGGAAAAACAAGGCAGUCCAGUCAAGUUCUGGUUCUCACAGUUUUCACCGUAAUUUGUUUUAAAACGUAAAGUCAGGGACUCAUACCUGAAGCACUCAUUCAUUCAACUGACCUCACACGCUGACCCUAGAACCAUACGGGUUUAAGUCCAGACAUCACCACUUGCUGAUUCUGUGACCUUUGACUGUUCACUUAACCUCUUUGGGCCUCAGUUUCCAUGUCUAUAAUUUAGAUACAAUGGUUUCUCCCUUACCAACCUCAUUACCUACCUUAUUGUAAGAGUAAAAUCUGACAUUAUAUGUGAAGACUAACCAUAAGCUAUAAAAAAAAAAAAAAACCCAC